GGGCUUAUAUCCCACCUUUCCUUCAAGGAGCCCAAGGUGGCGUACAUAGCUUUCCUCCUCCCCAUGGUAUCCUCAGAACAACCCUCUGAGGUAGGUUCGGCUGAGAGUUAAGUCACCCAGUGAGCUUCAUGGCAGAGGGAAUGAUUAAACAUGCCAAGCAAGGAAUACACAGUGACUCCGAAGAGGAAUCCUACCAAUAUUAUGACUGUAUAAUUAUGUACUGAUAAGCCUUAAACCUGUUGACCCUUUGGAGCCUUUUGUGGGUAGCCCACAAAGACCUUUCUGUAAUUUGAUUGUGGAAAAUAAGAAAUCACUCACUUUGUUGCUCAAAGAUUAAUGUUAUGGCGAACAGAGUGUAGGGUGGCGGGAUAAAUGUUAUAUGGUUUGCAGGCUACUGAGGAACUACCUAAUUUGCACUAAUCCUCAAUGAUAGCAUCUUAGUAGCUCUUGGGUAGUAGAGCUUUUGAUGGCAUAAAGGUAAAUGUACCCCUGACCAUUGUUAGGUCCAGUCGCGGAUGACUUUGGGGUUGUGCACUCAUCUCACUCUAUAGGCUAAGGGAGCCGGCGUUUGUCUGCAGACAGCUUCUGGAUCAUGUGGCCAGCAUGACGAAGCCGCUUCUGGCGAUGCCAUUUACCUUCCCGCUGGAGCGGUACCUAUUUAUCUACUUGCACUUGACGUGCUUUCAAAUUGCUAGGUGGGCAGGAGCUGGGACCUAACAAUGGGCACUCACCCCGUCGCGGGGAUUCAAACUGCCGACCUUCUGAUCGGCAAGCCCUAGGCUCUGUGGUUUAGACCACAGCGCCACCUGCGUCCCUGCGCCACCCGCGUUUUUUUGAUGGCAUAGUGAACAAGUAAUAAGAAAAUCUGUUGAGAUCUGCCUCUUUUGUAGCUGUAUAGUCUCUCUGGUAAUGUAGCAACCCUAUUUUACCCUCACGUUUGGCAUUAACUUAAGUCUAGGACCAUUCAUCAUAUUGUUGUGAUUUGGGUCAUCAUCUGGAGCUAUUUAUUCAAACGUUCCACUGAUACUAUAUACCCAUCUUUUCUCUGCUUCUGACAUAUUUAGGCCAGAACUGAGUAAAGAAUAUGGCUGUGUGUAUGGUGCAGAGGAUAGUUUUCUUAUUCUGAAAUUCAAGAUGUGUGGAAUGGAAUCAAGGGUAAUACAUAUGUUGUAGUCAGGGCUUUUUUUCAGCCGGAACUUUCUAGAACUCUGUUCUGGCAGGACCUCUCAGGUGGGUGCCAUUGCCACUCUAAGAGAACAAGGAAGGCAUUCAUGGUGAGUUCCAGCACCAUUUUGUUUAGAAAAAUAGCACUUAAGCAACGUGAAAUACAAUGGAACCUCGGGUUGCAAACGUGAUCCGUGCGGGAGGCACGUUUACAACCUGCAGUGUCGCCUGUACGCACGCGUGGGUUGUGAUUCGGUGCUUCUGCGCAUGCGCAAGUGCCAUUAACCCAGAAGUAACCCAUUCCAGUACUUCUAGGUUCAGCACGGUGCGCAACCUGAAAUUGCGUAACCUGAAGCGUCUGUAACCCAAGGUACCACUGUAACGUAUUUAAAAAAUGAUGUUGCUGUGGGUUAUAACUUGAGUCUCACAUUUAAAACUAAUCUGUCCUGUAGCAUCAAUUAUAAGGAUUUCCCUUCUGCUACUUCUGUUCAUUGCUGGCUUUGGGCUGCCAUAAUUGCAACCUGUCAUCAUUCUGUCUUCUGAUUCAACGGGAGCAAGGCACACAUGACUCAAGGCAGAGUUAGCCUUUGACAAAAUGAAAGGUUCUCUCAAUAGGCCUGUUCAUCCUUUCCAAGAAUGUUUGGGUUUUUUUUACUCACUACUAUAAUUAGAAGAAUGAGCUUUUCCUAAACUUAAGCUUCUCCUUCUUCAUUACAAUGGAACAUUAAUAUUUUUUAACACAACACACUAUGGUGAUGUGCUUUAUUAUAUAAUCGUGUUUUAUUUCACUAGCUUUCCACAUUUGGAACUGAAGGCUAUUUACACAUUUAUAUACAGCUUGUUAAGGUGAGUUCACAAGGCUUACAGUACUGUAAUGAAUACAAACACUGUUUUAAAAAUAACAACCAUUAAAAAACAAUUUAGUAAAAGUAGUCUAACUAUAAUUACAGAAGCCAAGCAGCAGCAGUUAAAAAUAAAACUUAGCAGCACUUUAAUUAAAAAAGCAAAACUAAAUUAAGAUAAAACCAGCAGUACUGUAAGCGAGUAAAAACCCAGCUGAGCAUAUUAAUUAAAAGUGGAUUGCAAUAGAAAAGAUUCCAAGCCAAUUUAAAGGAUAAGAAGAAGGGGCCAUGUGUAUAUUUCAUGAGGUAAAGGUAAAGGGACCCCUGACCAUUAGAUCCAGUUGUGACCGACUCUGAGGUUGCAGCGCUCAUCUCGCUUUAUUGGCCGAGGGAGCCGGUGUACAGCUUCUGGGUCAUGUGGCCAGCAGGACUAAGCCACUUCUGGCGAACCAGAGCAGCACACGGAAACGCCGUUUACCUUGCCGCCGGAGCGGUACCUAUUUAUCUACUUGCACUUUGACGUGCUUUCGAACUGCUAGGUUGGCAGGAGAUAUUUCAUGAGAGGGAGCUCCAAAUUUUAGGGCCACUACUGAAAAAGGCCUGUUUCUAUUGCCUGUCAGGUUCACAUGGGUCUGGGUGGUCCUAAAUAAAAUUUGGACUAGAUUCUCUAGGAAGAGGGAUUGGUUGUUAAAGCACUUUGGGAAUUGUAACUCUCUGAGGAAUAGGAGUUCCUUAAUAACUCUCACCACCCUUAACAAAUGAUAGUUCCCAGAAUUCUUUGGGGGUAGCCAUGACUGUUAAAGUGUGUUAAAUGUAUGGUGUGGUUAUGGCCUUGUAUUCCUGUCUCAAGAUUUUCUGGAAAAUAAUGUGGGCAGUGCAAUCCUGUGCAGGUCUACUCAGAAGUAAUUCCUACUGAGGUCAAAGGAACUUACUUCCAAGUAAGUGGGUACUAUAUCACAGCCUAGGUGUAUCAGUUUGUCUAAUGUAAAGGGAAGUUAGCUGAGGUGUUGGUUGUAGAUUCCCCCACCCCCUCAUGCUUAGCAAGAUACUGUACUUCAAGUAAGAUAUCAACAUCACUGCCCAAGCUAUAUUUAAGCUUGCAGUGUAUUCCCAAAUUUAGUAAGACCUUUUGUCAUCCACUUAAGUGGAUAUGUGUGAAUGUGCACGUAGCUUGUGAGGUCUGGUGAACCAAGAAAUUGAGAAUGGCUUAAGCCAGGGUUUCUCAGAUUUUUUGAGCUUCAGUCCCAACCCCCUUUCUCACAACCAUUUUAUUUUUUUAAAAGCAAUAUAAUGGGGGUAUUUUUAAAGGGUUGAAGCAUUAGCACUGGGAGAGAAUUUCUUUUAACCCUUUCUCUGAUCUAAAUUGAUCCACAAAGCUCAUUAACCCCAGAGUGGCAGUGGAAUAAGACUAUGUGAGGCCAAUAGAAGUUUCAGGCGGGUGGAUUUAGAUUGUGAAGCCAACAUGGGAAGGAAAUGGACCAAAAAGGCAAUAAAAUAAAAAAGAAACCAUUGCCCUGUGCCACUGCUCCCAAUUCAACUGAGAGCACUCUGCAGCUACUUUUAAUCAACCAGAACAACAGUUGAGUUUGAUCUGAUCAUGGAUCUUUGAUGUCACAUGUAGUUUGUACUCAAAAUGUACUGUAUGUCCCGGCCUUCCCAACCGAGGCUGGGAUCUAAAAGAGCCACAUAAAGAGCUACAGAUAGAAAAGGGGAAUUCUUAAAUUUUCAGUGAAUUUGGAUGAGAAGAGAGUACAAAACUUUCUGCAUGCCACCUAUAGAUUUUCAGAAUUUAUUAUAGAUUGACCAGAUAACCUUUUUGGCAGAUAUACCUGAAGAACAGUGCUAAGGCAAAGCUAUGUUGAUCAUAAAUUGUAUGUGUGUGUGCAUUGGUUUCUGCACACUGUACUCAGGAUGCAGGGUAAGGCCUGCAGGCAAAGAGGAGCAAUUCAAGGUGGGAACUUUAGUGGAAAUUUCGAUGUGAACACUGAUGAAACAUUAAAGAGCUUUGUUUGGCACAGUAUAGCAAAGUAUGAGCUGGGAAUUCUUUCAAUUCCUGCCUUGCACUCCUCUCCCUGCACAAGUCAAGGAAGGAACAUUGUAUUGUUGCCCAGAUGAAGGACCUGAUGUCCUCUAUUUUAUGGAGAAAAAAUGUUUUAUUUGCAGUAUUAGACGGCAAAUGAAAGAGCAAGAACAUAUUUUCCCCAACACAAAAUUCUGUUGCCCCUUUUAGAACUGUUCAAGGCAAAUUCUCAAGAAUACUUAAUUGCUGUGUGGUGUCCUCACUUCUACACAGCGUACACUUAUCUCAGCUACACUGAAAACUGCAGCUGCAGAUACAGGCAUGCAUUUUUCCCAGUCCCUUGUUUAUCUGCUCAGGAAAUCCUGUUAAUUUCAUGGUUUUGGCCAAGCCAAGUGUAGCCUGCUUCCUUUAACAUUUGGGAAAUGAACCAGGAGAGGACAGAGCAAAAAAGACAUUUAAAUAUAAUCAACAUUAAAAUGACCAUCUUCUCUGUUUAUUUCAUGUACCUGGUGAAAUGGGCUCUUGCCAAUUAAAGCUCCUCAUAAUAUUAGUCAAAAAGUAACCAGUAAUAUGUUAUAUAUACCUGUAUGUUUCUUUCCAUAAGGAGGUGGGAUUUAAAAUUACAGUGGAACCUCGGAAGCCGAACAUUUUGGAACCGAAACGCUGAAAACCUGGAAGUAAUUGCUUCCGUUUUCGAAGGUGAUUUUGCAGCCAGCCCAUUGAUCCUGAGUUUUCAAAUGCUUCGAAAAUUGAACGGUCUUCUGGAAUAGAUUACGUUCGAAAACUGAGGUUCUACUGUAUCCAGAAAAUAGUGCAGGGGGAAGGAUUGAUCUCUCCAUCCUCCAAUACUAUGGUCCUGAGUUGAUUUUCCCCUCCAUCUUUCCAUGUCAUAUUAUUGUUGGGUCAGAAGAUUUCUGAUGCUAUGGGCCCUUCCUAAGGUCAUAAUCCUGUGUCUGGGAUGUACCCUGUCAAACUUCAGAUGAGGGAUCACAUGAAAGAAUGAAUGGAGGGACGGAGAAGAAUCCUGGCUUGUACACACAUAAAACCAGAGGUCCAGGAAAAGCCUUUUAGCAUGCCCUCUGACAUCAAGUCUUUGAGGUGGAAUGAUGUUUUUCUAUUUUGGGAUGGAGUAACAUUCCAUCGCUUGAGCUUUGUCUUGUAAUAUGAAGGGGUACUGGCAGAACCACAAACUCAUGUUUAAAGCACAUCCUAUACACAUUUAAAGCACAUGAUUUCCUCCAAAUCCUCCUGGGAACUGUAGUUUGUUGAGAGCACUGGAGAUGGUAGCUCUGUGAGAGGUAAACUAUACAGUUUCUAGGCUUUACAGGACAAAUAUGACAACUAUCCUGUUCUCUGAUGCUUAAGCUAUGGCGAAACUGGCAGCUAGUGUGCCCUUGAUCUAUGAGGGACGGCAAAGGAAUGUGGCCAGGCAACUAUUUAGCAUUAACUAAGCGGCUAGUAAAAAUGUCCUACAAACCUGCCAAGACCUGCUUCUCCUUGGAAAAACUGGCAUAUUCCUCUUGGGACUUGCUUCCAUGAUCUUACAGAUUUGGAGUCAGGAUUUUAUAACGAGAGCACAUAUAUAGAAAUGUACAGCUCCCAAUUACUUAUCCCACUCUUACAGCCGGAUCCUAUACGUGACUUAAAAAAAUGCAUAUAGUUCUAAACCUUUGGGUACCGCUGUAAAAUCUGCUGAUAAUGUUAAUCUUACGCUUACGGUAAUAUAUUACCGUAAAAAGUCUUCUUUUUGUUUGUUUUAAAGGUGCUUAUUAUCUCUCAGGCACAUUAUGCUUCCCUAAUGCAGCAAGGUCAGGACACAUAACGCUCUUUGAUUUACCAGCUUCCAAACAAAGCAGGUCGAACAGCCCUUGUUGCAAAUACCAUUCCGAAGGGUGGGAGAGAGCCGAGAAAGAAAAAGCCGAGAGGAUGCGGCAUCAUCGGAGUACUCGUCAGCAGGUCACAUGACAGCGACUUGGGCAACGCCCACAUUGCUCAGCAGACGGUCGAGUGUCUAGAAGUAGCGUGCGCGUGUCUGUCUCCUCCGUUCCGCUGCCUGUUUUCCUUUCGCUAAUAAUUGCAGAAGGCAAAUUGCACCAUCCAGAGCCUUAGCAAGCGCUUGGAUCAAAUAUUGCGCGCUGCUUUCAAAAUGCAUGCGUUUCUUUUGCAGUGACACAGCAGUUCCGCUGUCUUUUUUUGUAUAAUUUAUUUAAAGCCUGUUUGCUGCGUGCUUUCACAGUUCCGCCCUUGCGUGCUCAAGGAGGUGCGCCUUUCGGUGCAGAGAUGUUCUGCCUUAGGAAAGCAAUGAAAAUGCAUUGCCCAUCUGUAGGGAGUUGACCCGAGCUUGGCGAUGGUCUGGAUCUCUUUCUCCCGGAAGGUGUUGAGAGCGGGUAUAGGCCAUUAAAAUGCGUCUUGAGGAUGUGUAGGGACGUGAGGAACGUGCACGGAUGCAUGCCCGUCCGGGGUGACCAUGGCCAUGCAUCCUCCCCUUCCUGCACAUAGAAGGCAGCGGAGGUUGUCCAUCAAACCGGCGGCGGCGGGAGGAGGAGGGUGUGGAAAACGCUUCUUUCGCGACCGCUCCUUGAACAGCCAAUCGCAAGGCAGGAAGUGGGCAGGUUUAUAGUCGGUCGCUAUCGCGUGGAGGGAAAGGAGGAGGGAAAAAGAGCGUUGCAUUUUAUAUUUAUAUAUUUUACCCUGUGAGGCUGAACCAAGGACCUCUAGAAUCUUUCGCUUGUAAGAAGAAAGGGGAGGAGAGAAACGGAUCGCUUUGCAUCCUUGCAAAUUUCAGCUGCCCUCCCCCGCCCCAAUUGUGCUGGUUAGCAAAACCACCCUGGGAAAAAGCUCUUAUUUAACCAGACAGAAUGAUAGCUGCUCAGCUUCUGGCCUAUUACUUCACAGAAUUAAAGGAUGAUCAGGUCAAAAAGGUAAGGUGCAAAGCGAACGUCCUUAAAAACCUGCAGGUUCAAGUUCUUCAGUCUUGAUGAGGGGGGGAGGGAUUUUUAUUUAUUUAUUAAAAAAAACCUAUGGGGUGCAUAAUUUGUGUUUAUAUAUACACGUAUGUACAUGCAUUUCUUAGCAUCCAGAAUAUUAAACCGGCAUCAUUUAUUUUAUCUUUUAACCUCUGCCUUGAUCGUAUAGGGUUUUUGGGGUGUUUUUUUUAAAAAAAAAAGCUUGAAAGAUCCGGCCCAUUGCAAGGUUUCCGAACGGGCUGCAGUGUCCUUGAAGCAGGAUGUAGAUGUCAGAGCCGCGAUGAGUAACGCAACAAUCAUGGUUUACUCCCCUUCUCUCUCUCUCCCACCCCUCUGAGUUGGAUCCGUCUAUCAUGUGUUUAUUACUAUAAACGGCUGGUCAUCCGCUAAGUGACUGUGGGAAUUGUGGACUAGGUCUUUUAUGAAUGUGAGCAUUCAGGGCCUACUGAAAUCGUGUAUACAGAUGCGUGUUUAGGGCCGGGUAAAAACAGGUGCAUUCUUUGUAACUCGCAAUGAUAAGCCUCUAGACACAAAAGAGAGCCUUGGGUUACCUGAAUGACUAACAGGUUUCUUUUGUGGCACUGGUUUUUUGUGGACUAGAGCAUAAUCUGCGUCUUGAAUCUUCCCUCUGGAAUUUGUUACCAAGACAGGUGCUGGAUUUACCUGUAGGUUGCUCUUCUGGGAUUGGUAGCAAUCGGAAGGAGAUAGCAGGACCCAGCAAAAGGGACUGAUAAGGCUAAGCUUGUUAAUUAGAUUACAAAGAUGUAAAUGGUUUGAUAGGUAAAAAAGUAAAAUUGGGCAUUUUGCUGAGCUGGAUUUAUUAUAUUCACUUUGGUCUCAUAUUGCCCAGGAGGUCUCUUAAGGACACUGUCCCAGAAAUAUGGGGAAAAUGUCUCCUUUUCAGGAGAGAUGUAUAGUAGGCCUCUACCUGGGCACUGGGCCAAUAUUUUAACAUGUUAACUUGCCCAGUGCUGUAAGUUGAGCUAAUGAGCAUGUUUUGCAGCAAUAAUAUUUUAUUAGGCAGAUUUUAGUGUGUCUGUAUUUCGGAAAUGCGUUGCUGAUAAGAGAGGGAUCUGAUUAUCAUGGAGAGGAAAUAAUAAAUAAUCCAAUAUAAAAUUACAAGAAAGAAAUCAUCAUAGACAUUUUCUACUUUGCUUCAGAAAUGUAGUUUUCUACCCUAUCAUUGGUGUUUUCCUAUGGAGGCCUGUCAUGAUGACUCUAUUGUUGCUUGCAUGUUAAACAAAACUGUGAACUCAAAACAAGCUUCAUUACUUACCAUCACCUUUCCAUGUGUUGGUAUUUUAUCACUUUUGCAGCAUGUGGAAUUUUUCUGGGAAACUGAUAUUUGGCCUGUUUAGAUUGAUGAGGUUUUAAAAAUAAUGCCGAUAUCAUCAUCAAGCUCAUAGUACUGAAGGCACACUUGAAAAUGUGCUGGUCAUUUUUUGCAAAAGCAGUAAAAUAGUAAUAAUAGCUAAGACAUAUUACAGCCAGACUGUGGAGCUACUAUGGCCUGUAUGAAUCCAUUUCAUGGUCUCUGUUCCUCUUCUCUUUUGCAUCAUCAUUUCAUUUUUACUCCUGCAAUCACUUACAACCUGUUAAAAACUAACAUUUUGCAAAACAGCCCAAAGGGGCUAAAAACUAAUCAUUCAAAAUAGGAAGUAGUAUGCGGACAAAUCUUUGUUUCACUGAGUUAUUCUGGAUUUUAUUUUGUGCAAAAACGAACAUAUCUACUAGUAUCAAGCUUAUUGUGCAGAAAAGGCUAUUGGGGUUUUCUGGGAAGGAUGUUCAUGCAUUAGAUCCCGGUGAUCUUUUGCCACCCUGUAUUGGAAAGGAGAAUACUAGCAGAUGGGGAAGGGCCAUAUGAUUAGCCCUAAUCCCUUGAUUGUGAUACACAUAUUCCCCAAUAGUGUAGACCUGAAGGAAGUGGCUCACUCAUUGCUUUGGGUGUGGUGUGUAUAAAGAGAGAGAGAAGGAAGGAAGCCAAUUUAGUGGAGAAAGGAUAGCCCUGGAGGCCUCUUGCUUAUCUUAGAUGGUGAUGCUGAAGCACUGCCUUUAAUGCUCCAGCAGUCUUCAUGAGAGUUGCUGUUCACGCCAUCCUUAUAUGUUUCUCCUUGUAUUCAGAAUCUUACGGAUAGGCAUUUACAUUCAUCCGCCUUACAGAAAAUAUGUACUCUGGUGUGUUCAGCAAACAAAUGACUCCUGGCUUCUUAGAUAAGCCACUUGGGGUCAGUAGCACAACUAGGGUGUGCCAGUAUGGACUCUUACAACCAUGCAGAGUGCCAGGCAAGAUGGGAUUGGGGCACUGCCCACUUCAAAUGAUUAUAGGAAACAGUAUAUAGGAAAAAUAUUAUAGGAAAAAGUUUGGGUUUGAGUAAGGCACAAGAACUGUUAGCUAUGGCUUAGUUUUGGGGGUUUGGCAUUUUCCCAACACUGCCAAUAAGUAAAUGCUAACUUGAAAAAAAAAUGUUACCUGCCUCUUUAAAACCAUACAUUUUUGUUUUUGAUUAGCAUGAAAACUUUUCUUUCUUUCUCUCAGUAACUUUGUAUGGAUGUAUCAUUUUUAUAUGUAGCCUGUCUUUUUGUAAUAUUUUGUUUUAAGUUGUCUGUUGUUGCUUACGUUUUUUUGUACACCGCUUAGAUACCUAAGGUUUAGGAAUUCUUACAAGAUUUAGAAGGGAACUAAAAUAAAACGAUUGACAUGUGUGGGCCAAAUGAGUGCUGCUGGGAAAUAAUGGAAAUUAUGUAAAGACCAAUACAUAUUGUUAAUGUCUGGCUUUAUUCCUCAAUUCUUGUAGCAGUAUGUUCACCUAACUGGCACAGAUUUCAAGGUGCUACAUCUAGAAUGGCUUUGUGAUUCCCUUGGGUAAAAUAAAACCCUGCAAGGCAUGUUUUGCAUCUUGGUAUGUGAUAUGAUGUGAUCACUCACCUUGUGAAUAUCUCGUAUGGUAUUAUUCUAGGCAUGGGGGUGUGGUCUCACAGCAUUCCACUGGUACAUUAAAGAAAUCCAGCAUGAUGUAGCUCAGUUGUAGCCAAGGUGGCCUUCUCCAGAAACUCGUAACACAUGGGAGUCUGGCACCCACAAACUCCUUAUAGUAUCAUAGAAUCUUAGAAUUGCAGAGUUGGAAGGCACCACGAAGACUCAUCUAUUCUCCACCCCCAUCGUUCAGCCCGGACACAGAUCCGGCGCCGAGGGCCCUCUGGCGGUUCCCUCAUAGCGAGAAGUGAGGUUACAGGGAACCAGACAGAGGGCCUUCUCAGUAGUGGCACCCGCCCUGUGGAACGCCCUCCCAUCAGAUGUCAAGGAAAUAAGUAGCUAUCCUAUUUUUAAAAGACAUCUGAAGGCAGCCCUGUUUAGGGGAGUUUUUAAUAUUUAAUGCUGUAUGGUUUUUAACACUCGAUUGGGAGCCGCCCAGAGUGGCUUGGGAAACUCAGCCAGAUGGGCGGGGUAUAAAUAAUAAAUUAUUAUUAUUAUUAUUAAUUAUUAUUAUUAUUAUUAUUAUUAUUUAUUACGCCCUGCAAUGCAGGAAUCUUUUACCCAGCGUGGGACUCGAACCUACAACCCUGAGAUUAAGAGUCUCUUGCUGUACCAACCGAGCACGAUAAGGACAUAUUUACCGUAUUUUUCGCUCCAUAGGACGCACUUUUUCCCCUCCAAAAAUGAAGGGGAAAUGUGUGUGCAUCCUAUGGGGUGAAUGCAGGCUUUCGCUGAAGCCUGGAGAGCGAGAGACAUCGGUGCGCACCGACCCCUCUCGCUCUCCAGGCUUCAGGAAGCUAUCCGCAAUCCUUGCAAGCCCGGUGGGAGUUCCCGCUGUCUCAGAAGGCUUGCAGGCAUCAGCCUGCAGCCCCGGCGAGUGUCCGCAAGCCUUGCGCGCCCGGCAGGAGGUCCCGCCGAGCGCGCGAGGCUUGGGGCGGCAGCUUGUCGCCCGAAGCACGGGGAGCCCUCCAGAGGGCUCCCCGUGCUUUGGGCGAGUGUCUGCAAGCCUCGCGCGCCCGGUGGGAGGUCCCGCCGAGCGCGCGAGGCUUGGGGCGGUAGCCUGCAGCCCGAAGCACGCGGAGCCCUCCGGAGGGUGCCCCGUGCUUCUUGCAGGUGUGCACAAGGCUUGGGGCGGCAGCCGCGGCGGGGGGAGGAAUAAUUUUUUUUAUUCAUUCCCCCCCCCCAAAAAACGAGGUGCGUCCUAUGGGCCGGUGCGCCCUAUAGAACGAAAAAUACGGUAACUAAGAAACUGAAAGACGCAACCCAUUUAUAAGGCAUUUAUAAGGCACCUUUUUGUGUAAAACCUUUUAGAUUUCUCCAGAAAGAGAAACAUUUGUGUUAGCUUGCCUGCUGAAAGUUUUAAGUUUUGAUAGGCCAGUGGUCCCGGCCAGCCCACAAGGAGCAUGUGUGCCAACGUCCUAGAAUCAUAGAGUACAACUCUAUGGAAGGGACCCUGAGGAUCAUCUAGUCCAGCCCCCUGUGAUGCAGGAAUAUGCAGCUGUCCCGUUGAACUUGCAACCUUGGCGUUACCAGCUCUGCUGUGGGAAACAGUAUGAUUGUGACCGACAUGAGCCAUUCCUAGUGCAUUGGUUGCUGCCGUGGAGAGCAGGUCUGGUGAUAUUAGCCCUCCACAUGUUGAUCUGUGAGAUUAUUAAAUUAUUACAUUUAUAUUCCACCUUUCCUCUAAAGAACUGAAAGUGGGAUACAUAGUUUCCCACCCCCCACCCUGUCUUCCUUUUAUCCUCAGAACAACUCUGUGAGGUAGGUUAGGCUGAGAGACUGCGACUCUCUCAAGGCCGCACAAGGAGUUUCAUGGCUGAGUAGGGAUUGGACGAAGUGUUGUAGUUCAGGGGUGAAGCUGGCUCGUAGGUAUUUAAGGCAUUAAGCUCUUCCCACACCAUUUGUCUGUGUAAUAUCUUUAUUUUCGUUUUGUUGAUGCGCUGUCUUAGACUUUGGGAAAGGUGGGUGUCCAUGCAAAAUGGCUGCUUCUUCUACAAACUUGUUCUUAUAUUUAGAAAUUUGACCUAACAUCACACAAGGAGGAUGUUACAAGCUCAAGGAUGUUGUAUCCUUCAAUGCUUGUUAAACUACAUUUUUAAAGCCUGUUUGAUUUCUAGAUUAUUUGAAUUUGUCAAAGGCAAAGUUUAUCAUUUUUGGAUUAUUUGUCAGGGGAAUGCUAGGGAAGAAUGUUGCAGGGCGUGUUUCAGAAAUGGCUGUAGAUAAUAAUAGAAUCCCAGCACGGGAAGGCCAUCUAAUUCAUCCCCUUCUGAGCUCACCCAUUCCCCAUAGCUCCUAGAGGUGAUUACUGUAUAGACAUCCCAGAUCAAAGCAGAAAUGAGAUGACACAGGACAAAAUGGUUCUAGAGGACUUGAGCAAGGAAGCUGAGUCUGAGCUUUGGUUUAAAAACACCUCGAUACAGAGCAGCAUCCUGUUCAUUUGGAACUUCAAGAAUACACAGCACUUCUGAGUGCUUUGCAUUAUCUCAUAGAUUUUAACAACAGCCCCGUGAGGUAGGCCAAUGUUGUUGUCUUUAUUGCAGGUGGGGGCCAAAGUAGGAAGAUGGUAGCUUGCCUGGUACUGCUUGGUGAAUUUGAGUUCUUAAAACUGGAGAACUUCUCAGUUCAUACUUAGGCAGCCUAGUCCAUUCAGGGUGGUUGCUGUGUAGAACAGCUAUAUGUGUGUUUACUCAGAAGUAAAUUUCAAGGUGUUCAGUGGACUUACUCUAGGAGACAUAUGCUUGAGAUUCCAGCACUACUUCUCCUUUCCCCUAGUGCUUUUGUGCAAUUUCUGCCUUGUGGGUGAACCUUUUCAAUUUGGGGGACUUGUCCCUUUUUGGGAACUGAAAAAGCUUGAUUCCAUGUGAAUUUAUGAUGCCAAAAGUUGUAGUUGGUUCUUAUGCUUGCUCUGCUGUAUCCACCCAGAUGCAACUUGCCUAGUGUUAGAUUUCUCCUUGCAUUCAGGCUGCUUAGCAUCACAUGACAGAGACACAGUUGGUAACAUUAUACCCUUCAAGCUGUCAGCAAUCCUCAUGCAUAGAAGCUGCCAAAGUAUUGCUUUAUCCGGCCUGUGGUAUCUGAGUCUAGGGGCAAGCCCAGGGAUGUUGUUUUGUCAAAAUAAGGAAGGAAAAUAGAGAGUUAGCUUCUGUAAUUUUAUCCUCAAAACAUUUAGUUAACUGUGGCUUCUCAGUCAGUCUGAACUGGGGGUUGUGGUUCAUGCUAGCAAUAGUCACCUUCAAAAUAAGCCAACUCCAAACCAUGGGUUAUGAUGCUGGCUUGUUUCAACUAAGCAGAGUUAUUGCUAAAUUAUGACUUCUGGUUCAGUUAGUGAAAGUGGAAAUAAAACCUUCUGGAGUUGUUUUCCUAGUCAUGCAGGGUGUGGAAGGAGCACACGAGCCCAAGUUUUGCUGCCGCUUGUGUACAUCCAUGUGUCGCUCCUGCCAACUUAGCAGUUCGAAAGUACACCAGUGCAAGUAGACAAAUAGGUACCGCUGUAGUGGGAAGGUAAAUGGCAUUUCCAUGCACUCUGGCACUCGUCACGGUCCUCUGUGUGCCAGUAGCGGUUUAAUCAUGCUUUCCACGUGACCCGGAAAGCUGUCUGUGGACAAACACCAGCUCCCUUGACCUGAAGCGAGAUGAGCGUCGCACCCCAUAGUUGCCUUUGAUUGGAUUUAAUUGUCCAGGGGUCCUUUGCAUUUGCCUUACAUCCAUGUGUGAAUGUGCUUGGGCCUUAAUGACUAGAAACUAGAGCAAAGAUGAAAAGCCUGUGCAGUUUUUGUGUGUGUUUGUGCUGGAGAGAGCUAGGGCAACAACCUGUCUUCUGUGUCCCAUUCUAAAAGCCCAGAUCCCAAUCUCCUAAUGCCUGGGUGAGUCUGAAACAGUAGCAAGGAUAUUUCUCUCUUUAUGUCAGGUUGCAAAUAGACCUUGUAUGUCUUUUGCAGGACAUGCCUGAUUUGAUUUGAUUUGAUUUCAGUAUUGUGGCACAAGCCUUGGCUAAACCCGUGGAUAUGAUUGAGGUGCACAUUUGGAUUCCAGCUGCUAUAUAUUAUCCUUAGGAGGUUACCUGCUUUUAUGUGAUACAGUAUUAGGACACUGCAAUCAGUGCAUUGUAAAAGUCCUUAGAGUGCUAAUGUACGGAAUGGUUUCUUGUAAUGAUCAGUAAUUUGCCUGAAAACUGUUCUAAUCUGUGCUUGAGUAGCUUUCCAAUUUUCUUCUAUAAAGUUUUAUAGCACUAGGAGUAGGUGGUUAGAAGGAGGAAAGAAAGAUUAUCUUUUAUCAAGUUGGAAGGGUGUCAAUGUGACCAUGUCAGGCCUUUAGUAAUAAAAUAUGGCUGCACUUUUCGUAGAAUAUUGCCCUCCCCCUGGCAACUUCUAUUUGUUUGCUUUACAAGUCUUGCUGAAUGUAAUAUUCAGUAAGAUCAUAAUGUGUGUGUUGCAUGCAAGGCAAUAACAAACCACAUCCUUUCGAGUUUGUUGGACUGUUUCAUGAUAGCAAAUGUUGAGGAUUGGGGACAUGAACUUUGCAGGGGUCGCCAAUGGGCACAUUUGCAUAUCAGAGAAACUGUUGUUGGUAGUACAUAUACACCACAAUAGAAUGCUUCUUUCAAGUCUUAAUUCCAACAAGUGGAGGUGACCCUGUGGGUGCCAGGAAAGGCCUUGUGGGUGCACAGACACUCAUGGGCACUGUGUUGGUGACCCCUGAUAUACAGCUACAGAGUCUGGGAUUGAUGGUCAUGUGAGAGGCCAUGAGCCUUGGUUUAUUAGGAUUGUGCUGUGUUUUAUCAUAUCAGAAGAUUAAGCUGUACCUCAUAUCACAUCAAAAGGGACAGUUGUGGAAAGUUAUGCUUUAGGCAGAGUGGUUUUCCAUAUCCAAAAAUGUUUAUUGACAUGGAGAGACUAGAAGUUGAAUUAAUGACAUGGAGUUGAAUUAAUGACAUGGGGAGACUAGAAGUUGCUUACAAAGCAGAUUAAACAGCCAUAACAGCUUCUGCACUUUCUAAAGAUGCUGCAAAAUUUAAAAUGUAAAAAAAUGUUUCCCUUUUUGAGGACCAUAGGAAGCUGCCACAUCCUAGAUCAAACCAUUGGUCCAUCUAGCAACUCUUCAGGUUUUAAGAUUCAGAAUGUUUCUCCUCUUUACUUCUCGAAGCAAGUGGAAUGCAUAUCCUCAUUUUUUAAUUGGUUUCAUUGGCUCCUUGUCUACUUCCAAGCACAAUUCAAGGGGCUGCCAUUAAUCUUUUAAAGCCCUAAAUAACUUAGGAUUCAAAUAUAUCAAGGACCGGCUUCUCUCAUAUAAGCCUGCUUAUGCAUUUAGAUCCAUUUCCAAAGCGCUAUUAAGGUAAGACGGGGAAUAUGCAGGAGAAAUGAUUUUGAGGAGAUAUGGAAGGUAUUUGUAGAAUUUGUCCUGUUAAAACAGAAAGGGGUCAAACCAUCACAAGAGAUGUUGAAAUUUUGGGAGGUUGGAUAGUUACAAUGGAAUAGUACAAUACAAUACAAAUGGAAUGCACAUUUUUAUUUAUUUAUUAUUAUUACUUUGCCAAAAAAGGAAAAAAAAGGAAAGAUCCAUUUCCAGAGCUAUUCUUGGUGUCCCUUCCCUCCUCCAUUGGAUGAACAAUAGGUGGGGGACUAGGCAAUAGGGCAUUUUGGGAUCUAUGUUUGUAGUUUUGUGGUUGUGAGCAUGUCUGUCCACCCACAUAUAGGGCAGUUCCCAGAGUGGGUUGGGAUGAAGCUUUAGGGGAUGCUGUGUUGGUCACACCAUUUGAGGACCACCUGCGCUCCUUUGGAUCAAGGCCAUGGAUAGCUUUUGCUAGAGCAGAAUACAGUGGUAUCGCAGGUUAAGUACUUAAUUUGUUCCGGAGGUCUGUUCUUAACCUGAAACUGUUCUUAACCUGAAGCACCAGUUUAGCUAAUGAGGCCGCCGCGCCGCUAGAGCACAAUUUCUGUUCUCAUCCUGAAGCAAAGUUCUUAACCCGAGGUACUAUUUCUGGGUUAGCGGAGUCUGUAACCUGAAGCGUCUGUAACCUGAAUAGUAUGUAACCCGAGGUACCACUGUAGUGAAGAGGCUGGGCAUAGCAGAAAGCAAUCUGAACAAGCUGUCUGUGCUUCAGGCGGGGAGCCUGUGCCUGUUGGAGAACAUUCUUUUCCAAAACUUGAAACAGAACCCAUGACUUCUCCAUUUGCAGCUCUGCUGCUGGUAGCAAAUAGCAUUUAAUAAUACCCACUUGGAGAGCCCUGUCUCUCAUCGCCUUCAGCAGCUGAGCCACACAGAAUGUCACAAUCUCCUGCUCUAUUGGUAGUUACUAGGGUAUAUCCCCAACUGUGACCCACCAGAAAUCAAUCCAUUGUUGUGUUAGCAGGAGCCAGCACAAAGACCCUAGCUAGCACAAUGGGGUUUUCUUCUCCCUCCCCUGCAUGCCCCCUGUGCCUCUCCCAGAUCCACUCUGGAGGGUCAGCAGAACCCCGAGGACAGUAUAUUUUCCCUAUGCAUUUUUUCCUUUGUUAUAUUUUCCCUAAUCUAAUGCAUUUUUCUAUGUUGUUUUCACAAAUGCAUGCAUUUUAUGCAAACCUUGGCCAUGUGUAUGCAUUUUUGUACACAUAACUUGGCUGGAGAACAUGAUUUCAAAAUUUGGAGAAGCAUGAAUUUCAGAAGAUGGCUAUAUUUUAGUUCACCUGUUGUGUUGGAAAGUGUUCACUAGAUAGGUUUACCUUUUAACGAUAACUGAAUCAAAUGCUAAGUGGGCUUCUAAAUAGAGAAGGACAAGAGGAUGAUGAUAACAUUGAUGAUAAAAUAAUUUCUUUGUGCACAAUUUCUGCCUAUUGCUUUCUGGGCUCCAUUCAAGGUGCUGGUUCACCGAACCCUAAGAGACUUGGAGUCAUUCUAUCUCAGUAAUGGCUUCCAUCCAUGUGUUUCAUCAUAACUUUUAAGAUCAGCUGGAAACACCUCUUAACCUUGCCAUUUAUGCACCACCAGGACCACAAAUACUUUUUGGUUGCUGCCUCUCGACUCGAGAAUUGUCUUCCACGGAGGCCGAAGCCUAGGGGUCUUUUGGAAGCAGUGUAAGACCUUUUAAUUGGCUUUUGGUGCCAGGGAUAGGGUUGGGGGCAGGGAAAGAUGGUGGUUAAUUAUUUUGUAAUUGGGAGCUUUGCAGCUAAAAUAUUGUUACCUGCCCUAAGCACUUGGGAUGGAGCCAGCUGGAAAUCAAAUGACACAAAUUAAGAAUGUAGGUAAGUUAACACAAAAUGGUGCAAGGUCUGAAAGUUGUGUGCUUUUCUCUUAUGUCCCCUCCAGAUCGAUAAAUAUCUGUACGCCAUGCGGCUCUCUGAUGAAACUCUGCUGGAUAUUAUGGGACGCUUCAGGAGAGAGAUGCGGAAUGGACUUUCCAGGGACUUUAACCCAACAGCCUCUGUAAAGAUGCUUCCUACAUUUGUAAGGUCUAUUCCUGAUGGCUCAGGUAAGGAUUAUGUGCAGUUGUACUUCGUUAACAAACAGUUUUCUGAAACAAAACCAGAACAAUCUCUUGUUCCUAUUACGAGCACAAUGAGAGCCAUUAGUUACACAUGUAUGCAUAAAGUGGUCCAAGUAUGUAAAACUAAAAGAAACUCUCAGCAAUGUUUGUACCAAAGAGAAACAGUGGUUUUUAAAAAGAAACAAACCUCAGCCUAUUUCCCUAUGGCCAGUAGCUUUGUUUUUUUUUUUUAAAUGAUAUUUAUUCCAAAUUUAAAGUUACAAAAAAGAAAAAGAAAAACCAUACAAAAUACAAAAAAAAAAACUUUAACCAUAACAAAAUGAAAAAUGAACAAGUAAAAAUGAACAAUAAAAUAGAAUAAAAGAAAAAGACUUAACAAAAAAUAUAAAAAUACAUUAAGUUAAAAUAAAACGAAAACAAAUUAAACCUUUACAUAGCCUUUUCCCUUCACUUAUUUCCAUGACCUCCUCUCACCUCCCAAUUUUGUAUUCUAGUUCAGAUCGUAUUUCCCCUAUGGCCAGUAGCUUUGGCUCCUGUUGUCUUGGGGUCAGGGUGUGUUGCUUGUACAAACUUAAGAAGAAGACAGUGUGUUUGAAACCCAAAUCAAACAACAAGUUGCAGUCUAUGCUCAAUACCUAGACACAGUGGCUGCAUUCAGAUAUAACACAGGCCCUUCCUUCUUUGGUGCUGCCCUGAGGAGGUAAGAAGCUUCUGCUUCUGCCUUUGACUAAACACAGUUUAGUUAGCUAUCCAAACCCUAAACUGUGGUUAAUCUUAAAUUCAGUUUCUGAAAAGCGUAGAACAAAGAAUCCCUGUAUGCCCCCAGCUGCCAAAACAUUCCAUACAUAUGCGGUAUAAAGUAUUCAGUCAAAUAUUAAGCAGGUUUGCAUAAUAGUGUAAAACUGAUUAUACAAGUUACAGUUUUGAAGUGUCUUGUUGACUUGGAUGUGAGUGUGCAGACAGGGUGUUAAUUUGCAACAUAUCCCAGGGUGGACGUUUCUGAAGUGCUGCAUUUGUCUGAAGUGUAUUCCAGCGUUCAAUUACUUUAGGGGGAAAAGGCCAUCUGUUCUAGUGUGUGUUUUUCCUUUUUUUAAAAAAAGCUAAUGGGGCUCAGUCUAAAUUAGCGAUGGACUACAGUGAUAAAAGUCUGUUUGCACAUUUUGCUUAAUGCUCAGUACUUGUACAGAACAGUGAUAUUUAAUUGGUUUUAUCGACAGAAUGGUUUAAAAAUUACAUUAGCUUCAAAAUGAUGCCGGUCCUGGAUAUUAUGUUGCCCUAAGUCACUGAGAUUGAAAAAUGGAGUGCAGAGCUGCUUGCUAAAUAAAUAAAAUGAUAAUACACAAUUUGGAGAGCUUUGCUGCAAAGAGUAUUGUGGGUGCCAGUAUUGAUGCACAAUAGAGCAUAAUCAAAGAGCCAUGGCGGUGCAAGGGAUUCUGGGAUGCAGCUCCCAGAUUUCACGCUUCUUCAUUGGCAGCCCUGAAAGUAUUGCCUCUUGGAUGCUUGUGUAGUUUGUUCUGCUAUUUAGAAAUGUCUUUUCCCAAACUGACAGAUUUGGGUCUCCCUAUUUUGGUGGCAAACAAGACGAGUCAAUUUGUACACCCGAUAUGAUUUGCAUAACUUCGGGCAAAAACACUACUGUAACAUCAGCAUGCAAGAGACUCAGAGUUGCCCUAAGAAUAGCAAACUGAUUUACCUCCUGGCCUAAUUUCAAUUCUUCAUUGAUUUCUUACCCACAUGAGUGGACAGGCCCAAAGAGAGGCAGGUGAGAGUAAGGAAUUUGUUGCCAUUUUUGCUGAGAUGAGAACAUUGUUGGAAGAAAACUUUCUUUGGAAAGAGUAAUAGAACACCUAAAAAGGGAAAAUCCAUGCCUGACAUUUUAUGUGGGUAUGAUGUUAGUGCUGAAGACAGAAACAAGGCUGCUUUAGUGGGAAGGUACAGCUGUGUUGCAAGAUUGUUGGAUGGGUAUGAUGUCCAAGGCUUAUUUGUAUGGGUGAAAUUGAUUGUGUCCAGGUGGCCAAUAAUGCGUUGAUGGUGAUAAAGUAAGAAUGAUGUAUUUAAUGAGUCUCAAACUGAAAGUGAAUGGUAAGCCAGCCAGUGUCAUAAAUGAUCCAACAUUGUAUUUUGCUUAUUACCCUUCCUGCUUUUUGCCACUUUUAAAGCUUAAUGAAAAUUCAGAAAUCAAUGAAGAAUUGAAAUUAGGCCAGGAAGUAAAUCAGUUUGCUAUUCUGAGGGCAACUCCGAGUCUCUUGUAGGCUGAUGCAGAGCCUGUUUUGAGGGUUUGAACAUCCUUUUAAAAUAGAGUAGAGGGGGUGUGUGAGUGUGUGGAUUUGCAUCUGCAUCCAUGUACCUGAACUUCAGUGUUUGCCUGUGCUCUGUUUACACACACUGAGUUUUUCUUUAAUCUCGUUCCAUGGGUUGUUUUAAUUGGUAAUCUUAGUCUCCAAACAAAUAAAGGAUUGUGGUCUUUGCUUGUCUGAUUAGAUAGGAUGAGGCUAAUCACUUGGGUUGAUCAGAUAUAUUUGCAGUGUUAAAAGGUGAAUGCUGAUAGUUUAACUUUCAGUACCCAAUGCAUUAUUUUAUGUAAUAGAUGGCAAAGAUUCAUUGUGCACCCAGAGUGACUUGAUGCUUAAGUGUUGAUGUUCUGUUUCAUCCAAAACAGAGAAAGGAGAUUUCAUUGCCCUGGAUCUUGGUGGAUCUUACUUUCGUAUUUUGCGAGUGAAAGUGUCUCAUGAGAAAAAGCAGACGGUGCAAAUGGAAACGGAGAUUUAUAACACUCCCGAGGAUAUUAUGCAUGGCAGUGGAACACGGGUAAGAUUGCUUCCUAGGAAUGUUCUUGCAAUAUAUGAGGGUUGUAAAACAUUUUUUGAAAAAGCUUCCACAUGGUAUUGUUUGGAUUUUCUGAUACAGUUUUGAAGGAUAAAAUAAAAACUACUACCUUGUAAUUUUAAUUUUUAAAGGAAGUAAAAGACUUACCUUCAAAAUCAUUUGGUGGAAAGUUAGGAUGUAUAUUUUGAGGCCAACCUCUCUGUUGAGAAUAAUGCAAAAUGCUAGUUUUUUUUAAUAUUAGGAAAUUGGAUUCUUGUGAUAAUUUCUUCCAGUUUAUUCAUUGCAAACCAAUGUUUCCUAUACAAUGAUGACUUGUUAAAUUGGAAGGCAGUUUAGAAUCCUGAUCCAUAGGCAUGAAAAUGAUGACCCAGUUGUGAGCUAAAAUAUGUAUUGCUGCUUGGUUUUUUUGUUUAUUUGUACACUUAUUAUACCCCUCUAACUUUGUGACCCAAGAUUCAUAAUACAUCAGUUCAGCUACAAUCACAAACACCUUGCUGUUAUCUUUCUUUCUCUUGCCCUUGCAUAUGCAAAUUGGUCCAAGUAUACAUUUUGCAGCCAGCAACUCAGGCUGUAGAAGCUACAUGGAUGGUUGGUGAGACCAAGAAAGGCUGGAGGAGUUUCUCCUAUUUCCCCCAGUAAAAGCUCCUGUGUAAGUUACAGGUAUUGGAAUCUGCUGUCACCAAUGCUGCCAUUUUUUAAAAAGCCUACCUUACCCAAUCCAUUGUCAUUUCUUUAUCUUGCUUCCCCUAGGAUGAGACUUAAUGCCUGGUUUCCUGUAUGCUGGCAGCAUGGCUGUUAAGCCUGAAUGUCAGUAAUUUGGCCGGUUAGGCAGAGGCACUCUGGGCAUCUUCUUGCUGUUGCAGAAAUUCCCACUUUGAGCCAGUAGAUUCCAGGCUCGCCUGUGCUGUUCUUGCUAUUUGGCUCUUGAAAACAUCUGCGCAUUCACUUCAGCAUGCGAAAGUGGCUCUCCUAAAUGUCCCAAAUGGUCUUGUUGGUCAUUACUGAAUGAGAGAGGUCAGCAUCAGUCAUACAGUAGUCAAAGAACCAAAUUUCUUCUGUUUUAUGUUUUGGGGAAAGUCUGUUGCGUUCCUGCGGCCGACACCUUAUUCUGCAUGUGGUUCAAUAAUGAUGACAGUGCAAAUACUCUUUCAUAGUUAUUUAAAAUGUACAGUGGUGCCUCGCAAGACGAAAUUAAUCCGUUCCGCGAGUCUCUUCGUCUUGCGGUUUUUUCGUCUUGCGAAGCACGGCUAUUAGCGGCUAUUAGCGGCUUAGCGGCUAUUAACGGCUUAGCGGCUUUAAGAAAAAGGAAACAAACUCGUUUCGUCUUGCGAAGCAAGCCCAUAGGGAAAUUUGUCUUGCGGAACGACUCAAAAAACGCAAAACCCUUUCGUCUAGCGAGUUUUUCGUCUUGCGAGGCAUUCGUCUUGCGGGGCACCACUGUAUUUGUAUGUUUUUCAAGAUCCUGCCAAUAUCCCAGCUCCAUGACAUUCCAGUUUCUUAGGCACUAGAAUCGAUUUUUUUAAAUGAACCAGUAUCAAAAUGCUAAGGUGCCUGGGAUGCUGGCAAACCUUACAUAAUUUUGUCAGGUCUUUGGAUUUCUGAUGACAUGUUCAGCAACUUGUUAUUGGACUCCAACUCCCAUGAGCCCCAGCCAGUAUAGCAAAUGGCUAGGGAUGCUGGGAGUUGUAGUCCAGCAGCGUCUGAAGAGCUUAGGAACUUCCUCUGGCUUAAAAAGAUGGCACAAGCUGCUGUUUCCACCGCCAAAAGUAAAGUAAAGGGUAGAGGUUGGGCCCUAAAGCUGCAGUGCUCUUGUCACUAUUUACUGGCAGCUUGGUGAUUUGAACCCCAUGCCUCUUCCUAGAAGGGAUUCUGAGGGUCAUCUGGUCCACCCCGCUGCAGUGCAGGAAGGGAUGCAUUGGCCUGUUCAGUUUUGGAACAUGCAUGUUGUUGCCAGGACGUAAAAGUCAAAUGGAUGCCAACAACAGCUUUAAGGCUCACCGAGCUUUAGGCUUGCCCCCAAAAGAUUUUGGAGAUAAAUGAUGGGGCAUUUUCUGUGACUUUGCAAGGAAGAUAAAUGGGGAGGGUAUAAUGUAAAAGGAAAUGGCUUUAUGUAAAAAAACAAACAAAACAAAAGCAUGGAAGAUUUUGGGAUUUUACUUGAUGAAGUAAAGGCUCAAGCAUCCGAGGAGCCAAUUCUCUUGUUCUGUAUCUGGCCUUAUUUGUGCUGUGCCACCAUUUCCAGCUUCCCCAUUGCAGCACUUGUCACACCUGUUCCAUGGCAUGGAAAGAGCUGCAGCACUGAAACUGUAAUUGGAGCUCAAGAGCUCUGCAUCGUUUGCCUGCAUAGUGCUACGUUAAAAAAAAAAAAGUAAAAAACUCUACAUAAAUUAAAUAUGAAACCAGUUCCAGGCAUAUGCUUUUAAAGAAUGAGAGAAGACAUUUUCGCUCUGCAUGGAAUCGGCAUUCUGGUUAUGAUUCAUCAAUGCAUUUAGGAGCUGCCAAUUGAAAAUGCUUGCUUGGGAUAGAGCUGGGGAAGGAGGACUGAGUGGAAGAGGCAAAUCCUGACUAGCCCAAAACUGAAAGUUACUUUCCAAUGUUGCAAACAUUUCGUUCCAGAAAGCAAUGGGCUAUAUUCAGAUUUGCCACUCAGCUGAUGGUAAAAUGUCCAUCAGUGGAAUGGGGAGGGUGAUUUUUCUUUACAGUUAGCUGAAUGACACCAUUGAAUACAACUCAGUAGGUCUGUGACACCUGCAGCUCUGUAACUUUUAAAAUCAAUUGUUUAAAAAGGGGCAGUUGAGUGUUGGGCUCCUCGGAGGUGGGGGAAAUCAAGGAGGAAGAUUUUUCUAGCAUUACAAAAUCACCCCAGAUUUAAAUCAGGAAUAUUUGAUUUAGAUCAUUAUUUUUAUUUGUGGUAUAUGAGUGUUGUUUAGCCUUGUAAAUAAUAACAUACUUGCUCGUAGAGGUUUUUAACCUGCCAAAUGGGCAUUCCUACUCUAAACCCAGUUGCUGUGACAUGAAAUGCAUUGGAUAAUGUCCAUCGAGAGUGCCAGUCUAAACUUUAUUACCCAGUGCAGAGGUAAUAUUUCUAAUUUUGUAACUAUGGUUAGGAGAUCAGAAAUGUGCUGCAGGCUCAUGUUUCGUCCUUCCCUCUCCCUGCAUAAGUUCCUCCCUGCCCUCCCUUUUCAGAGUUGACCAUGGUUAGUAUAAUGUGUAGCAAACCAUGGUUAAUUCAAACCAGAUUGUGUUAUAACCACAACUGAAGUUAACACUCAGGCCAUCAAAAGAGCACUUCUGGAUCAGGUCAGUGGCCCAUCUGGUCCAGCAUCCUGUCCUCACAGUGGCCAACCAGAAGCCUAUGGGCAACCCGCAAGAGACUUGAACCCAACAGUGCUCUUCCCGCUUGUUUCCCCCAGUAACUGCCAUUGAGAAGAAUACUGACUCUGACAGUGGAGGCAGAACAUGCACAUCGUAGCUAUCAGGGUGUUUCACAUAGUUAAAAUGACAAAGAAUUGGGGAAAGAGAGCUUUAUGGAACAGGCUAUUGGGGUUUUUAUUAUUAUUAUGGCAUAAGCCAUAACUGUCAGGGUGCUGUCGACAGCUUCUGGCUGAUUGCCCAGGAAAGCAGAAAGACAGAGGAAAACACAGGCUUUAUAGUCCUUUUUAUUAUGAUUCCAGAUGCCAAGGCAAGUCAGCCAAGCACCUUUCAGUAUCUAACAUUGCUCCGAGUGAAGCUCCACGCCUCCCCCUCCUCCGUACUUCCCUAUUCAUCAGACUCCUCCCCUCUUCUACGGUGGCUGUUAAGGGUCCCGCGCCUUUGAGCCCUUUGCUCUGCUAUUCUUAGUGAACACCUGGUUUUAGGGCACAGGACGGGUUCUGGGAGACUCUCCAGUGACAGCGUAUCAGUCAGCUGUUGCUCGGGCCCUGUCUGCUCAGUACUACUUAGCUCUUCAUCUCCCAUUAUUUCUCAACUUCUUCCCUCUUCUUCCUCUGGGGUGUGCCCUGUGUCAAACCAGUCCUGUAGAUCUAUGCUAUCUGCCCUUUCCUCCUCUGGGAUGCUCCUGGGGAGGUGGUCUCCACCACUCCUCUUCAUCUGCCCAGUCCCUGACAAUACCCUAGCAAUGACUAGGAGAUCAGGAAGAUGUAUGCCUUCCUAGCAUGACAACAUUUUCCGUACCAUGGAUUUCACUCUGACCUGCUUCUAAGGAAGUGUGUUUAUGGUUGCAGUGACAACCAAUGAGAGUUGUUCGCAGAGAAGUCUGCUGAGCAUUAUGGCUUCAAUGGAGGAUUCUGCCCCCAUGUAUGAAAUGCAUACCAAAGGACCGGAUUCAACAGUGUAGUCCUGCCAGAGGAUGCUCGCACAAGGUGUUCUGCUGGUGCAGCAGGGCUUCUUUCCACUCCCCCUGCACACCCUAAAAUUGGCCUAGGGAGGUUCAGAAAACCCCCAGAACCUCCCCAAGUGGGAGGAGAGAGCAGAUCAUUCCUUCAGGCAAGCAAAAACACUUGCACUGACUGAGUGAUCUGCUUAACACUACGUUGAAUUCCACCCCAAAGCCUUACUUUUCAAAUGUUCCGGUUUUAUAGGACUGCCACCAAAAUAGUAUUUAUUGGUAUGGGAUCACCUAAUUAUUUUUCCAGUAGUGGUUAUGAGGAUGAAGAUGCAAUUAUUAUUUUUAUCAGGCUUUUAAAAUGUUGUCUUAUUGUCCUUCCUUUCUCCUCAGCUAUUUGACCACGUUGCUGAAUGUUUAGGCGAUUUCAUGGAGAAGCAGGAAAUCAAGAACAAGAAGUUGCCUGUUGGGUUCACAUUUUCUUUUCCAUGUAGGCAAACCAAGUUAGAUGAGGUAAGAAUGCAGGCGGCAUCUGUGUUCAUCUGAAGUUGCUUUUAGAUAUGUAAUUGUCUGAAUCUGUUUUUAUAUAUGUAGCGGUUUUAAAUUGCUUUUAUACAUGCACUUGUUUUAUAUAUAUGUUUUUAUGGUAUUGUGGAAUGGCUUUGGGAUGCUUCAUGGGAAGUGAUCCAUAAAUACACAAAUAACACUGCACAACUUUAUUACUGUGCAGAAGAAACGUAGGAACCUGCCUUACCCCAAAGCAGAAUGCUAGGCCAUUUAGCUCAGUAUUCUGUCUAUGCUGACUGGAAGCAGUGCUCCACGGUUUCAACUUCCCCAGCCCCAUCUGGAGGUGGCAGAGAUUGAACCAGGGACUUCUGGCAGGCAGAAAGAACAUGUGCUGUGAAUCUUCCCCAGCUAGAUGGUACUAAAGUGCCCUUUGGCUGAUAUGACUUGGUUUGAGUCAUCUUGCUUGGAAUAUUGUUCUCGUUGCAAUAUUGUGUGUGGAAACCGUUGGAAGACACUUGAAUUAGAACUUCAUUGCUCCCAGCACAUGGCCAGGAAGCAUGCAGUGUUUUUGGAUUUUGGAAGUGAAGACCUGUUUAAUGUUACGAAGAAGACCCCAUAUAAAUCCAUCGUAUGGAAGAAUUUAGCAUGUGAACUGUAUAUGCAUACUGUUAAGCAUGAUUCCCUGAUUGUGGUACCUCCAAAAUGGAGAUGUAUAAUUGUAGCAAGGGUAGGUAAUGGAGUAUGUGGGUAGAUUUGUUCACCUGUAUUAUGUCCUCUAUGAGAACGUGAGCAAAUUGAUUCGUAGGAAAUUCAGCAGUGUCACCACAUAUGAAAACUGAUCUUCAACUCAUUUUUUUUUUAAACUGAAAAAGUGAGUCUUGAUUCAAAGAAACACUGGGCCUAAUAUCUUUAGGCCAUUAUUUUAUUUUAUUUUUCAUUUUAUUAGGGUGUUCUAAUAACCUGGACAAAACGUUUCAAAGCAAGUGGUGUUGAGGGAGCAGAUGUAGUGAAGUUGCUAAACAAAGCCAUCAAGAAGCGUGGGGUAAGAUUAUCGUUUUAAAUACAUGUAUAGCUAGCAUUGAUACAUGAACUUGGCUGAUAAUGGAACAUCUUUUGUUACUUGCAGAUGUCAGGAAUUGUGUCAAUCUUUUUCAGUGUCAUUGUAGAAUGAUUAGAUGGUCGCUAAUUUCACAUUGCUUUUAACUCCUAGUAAAAGUAUUGAGCCAAGAAGAUGUUCGGACUAAGAAACCAAUUUCUUGGGGAGGGGGCUAUAUAGCAUUUCUUGUUCUAGAUAAUAUUAUAUACCAAACAGACUUCCAUAGACUCAACAGCCUUAGAUUCAAACAAUCCUCUCUUAAUAUCACAGUGAAGUUUUAUUCAUGUUAACUUGGAAGUUUGUCCAGCUGAGUCCCCCAUUGAAUGGGACUUGCAGCCAAGUCAAUGGACCUAGAAGAGCAACCUAAGAUAGUUUCAAAGUAGUGGAAAGUUCUGUGUCUGUAGCUGCAUUUGACAUGGAUAGGAUGGGUCUUUCGGUGGUCCAGAUGUCAAUGAGUCUUUUUUUUUGGGCUGAUGGAGUUUUUGAGAAGAAAAGGAUCUUGAGACUCAAGGGUAAGUAGUAAAAAGGGGACAAAAUAUGAAACCACGAACAGCAAGCAGACCUAAACAAAGUGCCCAGUAAAUAAUAUUUACUGAGAUUCUGUGUCACAUUAGCAAGUAGAAUAUGCCUAUCAAAAAGUGUUGGUAAAAUUGCAUAUUAGAAAUAUUCCCUUUCAUUUUGAAGGACUACGAUGCAGACAUCAUGGCAGUUGUCAAUGACACCGUAGGGACCAUGAUGACCUGCGGAUUUGAUGACCAGCGUUGCGAAGUUGGCUUGAUCAUUGGUAUUGACAUUUGAUUCCUUUGCCAAGCAUAAUGCAUGUUGACAUUUUUGGUUUGCUCUUUUUUAUAUAUAUAUAAAAAGCCUGUUGACUAAUCCCACGGCCUUCUUUUAAGGUACCGGCACUAACGCCUGCUACAUGGAAGAAAUGAGACACAUUGAUCUGGUGGAAGGCGACGAAGGGCGGAUGUGCAUCAAUACUGAAUGGGGAGCGUUUGGAGACGAUGGCUUGUUAGAAGACAUCCGGACUGAAUUUGACAGGGAGAUCGAUCGGGGUUCCGUUAACCCUGGGAAGCAAUUGUAAUUGAGCUUCCUUUCUUCUACUGUUCUUGUUUUAGACUUUCAUGCCUGUCCCAAAGGUUUGUGGUUGGGAGUUACACCUUAAGGCUUGGAACCUUAGAUCCACGAGCAGAGCCUCCUUCCAUUCUUGCCUGCUUCCCUUUUGCUCACCACUCCCCAAGAAGACUUUUGGAUGGUUUCAGGACUUUAUAGAAUGACCUGGGGAACUAGCAUGGCAGAGGGGUUCUUGCAGCUGUGGGAAAAUUUGUCAGAAAUUGGGGACCCACCUUGAGUGAGUGGAAGUUCCCUGCAUUUUUGCUACCCAUCAUUCUUUCCUAAUUUUAUUCUGUUGGCAAGUGUGUGUGUGUGUGUGUGUGUUUUAGGGUGGGUGGUCUUGGUUGAGUUCAGCUGAGAGGGAGAGUGAUUUGCUCAGGAUUUCCACACUGUAAGCAUGAUGGCUAAAGAAGGAUUUGAACCCUAAGGAUGCCUCCCAUCGGCACCUACUGGGAAUUGAUCUUGGGUAACUAUAUGCAGGAGCGGGCCACACGCUUGUAAACCACUCGUGAGUGUGUCUGAUUUGUGUUUCUGCCGUAAUAUCUUUCCAGGUUUGAGAAGAUGGUCAGUGGCAUGUACAUGGGCGAGCUCGUCAGGCUGAUCCUUGUCAAAAUGGCCAAAGAAGGUCUUCUUUUCGAGGGGAGAAUCACUCCCGAACUUUUAACCAAAGGGAAGCUAGAAACAAAGCACGUUUCUGCCAUGGAGAAGUAAGUAACUUUGAAGCUUUCCUCCUACGCUUGCAACCUAGAAUACUUGUGUAAUGAAUAGGGGAGUGGAAUAUAUGCAGUUGGAUUCUAAGAGCAACUCCUGGAUGGGCUUUUAAAAAUAGAGUUUUGUCAUUAUCUUAAUAGGCAGCACUUUCCAGCUUCCAAAUGACAUUCAGUGUAUGUAUGUUUUCUGAAGCUGCAGCCUUUUGACCUGACGUUUUCUGGCUUUGCACCAUGUGGCCUAUUUUAAAGCAACGGCUUCCAGAAUUUUACCCUUAACUGGUCCCACUGAUUACAAGUGGUGCACAAUACAGAGAACCCAUCACCCAAAUCCAGCACAGUGGAACUGAAAACCUCUUUGUGCUCCGUAGGGUCUUAAUAUCGCAGAUUCUAAUCUCAGCCUCCCCUCCCCUUCCUUUCCUCGCAAGAUUUCCACGGGACUCUGCUGCACCCAUUCUCAGACUCUCACAACACUCUCCCUCGGUGAGCAACCUGCCCAUCCGUCAAGAUUAUGUUAUCUUAUCGUAACUUUUUUGUGGUUUCUGUUUUUAGGAGCAAGGAGGGUUUGCAAAAGGCCAAGGAGAUACUUACCCGUCUUGGGGUUGAGCCCUCCCACGAAGACUGCGUCGCCGUCCACCACGUGUGCACAAUCGUCUCCUUCCGCUCUGCCAACCUGGUGGCUGCCACUCUGGGUGCCAUCCUUAACCAGCUGCGGGACAACAAGGGAGUGGGCCGCCUGCGCACCACCGUGGGGGUUGAUGGCUCCCUUUACAAGAUGCAUCCGCAGUAAGAGCCUGCCAGGUUUCCAUAAUUACAUCUUGGCACCUGUUAGGGACUGUCUCUUGCAAAAGGUCAGAGAUGUAGCACAUCCAGCUGACAUUUGGCUGUGUGCUCUGGACUUGGGCUAAGUAAACAGAGCUCUCAAAGGAGGUGAAAGUGGGCUGUAAAUAUCACAGUCCAAAGGCAGCUCAGUAAGUUAGGCCGGAGGCAGUGCUUGCAAUGCACAUGGAAUAAUAGAAGUUGGAAGGGACCACAGGGAUCAUGUAGUCCAACCCCCUGCAAUGCAGGAAUCUUUCACCCAACGUGGGCUUGAACCCAUGGCCCUGAGAUUGAGAGUCUCAGGCUCUACCAGCCAAGCUAUCCCUCAGGGCUAAUACCAGGUAGCUGCUUGCAGCAGACAAUCUUUGCAGCUAGUUUUCUGCACAUUGCAGUGAUGUGCCCAUAACAUGCAAUAGUCUGUAGUUUAUUUCCCCCCCCCCCCAUGUUAACUUGUACCAUACAGAUGGAAGGGGGUACUUUGCAGUUACACACUCCAAACCACCCUGUGAUUCUUGGGUGGUAUAGAAAUUUAAUAAAGAGAACAAGCAAGUUGAUGCCACACCAUUGGAAAAGCAGCUGUGGAAGCUCUUCUUUUUGUUUUGUUUUGUUUUGGUGUUGCCUGGAUAUUACUCUUAACAUAUCUGCCUGUCUGUGGAAGAUAACUUGUCUUGGAGAAACAGAGCAACAAAGGUUUAUAUUGCUGGGGCUGGGGAACCUGUGGCUCCCAGGGGCAAAAUGUGGCCCUCCAAGCCUCUCUAUAUGUUUCAAAGCACAUUCUGAGCCUAGGAGUUUGUUUUCAGUAGCAGAACUGAGCUGAGCUCACCAUCUCUUUUUCACAAAAGUCACUCAUAGCUAGCUUUUUUUCAGCAGGCUGAUUUAAGCAUUUUAUUGUUGCCUAGCUCAGUUGGUAGAAUAUGAGACUCUUAAUCUCAGGAACAUGGGUUUGAACCCCUGCAUUGCAGCGGGUAGGACUAGAUGACCCUUCCUUGUGGACCCUUCCAGCCCUACAGUUCCAUGAUUCUACAAAAUCACCCAGCCAGUAGACCCCAAUGGCCGUUCUCCCACCCACCUCUGGUGUUGGCUGUGUAUGCGUGCAUAUAAGCAGAGUGGGUGUGGGAUCAGUAUUUGUGUGCUAGGCAGGCACCCCAUUCCCAGUGCCCCGUCCAUUAGGCCUGCAAUGCUGGAGCAGCGUGGGAGCUACUUCAUGCGAUUAUUUCUUACUCUGCUCCUGUGAUGUCUGCAGAGAGGAACCAUAUGCAAGAGCUGGACAAUGUGGCUCCUUCCCAAGCUGGCUUUGUCACUCUCCUGGUGGUGGCAUUGCCAGUUUUAGAAAGAACCAUGUCCUUUAGUCUUCCCACAGCAUUCUCCUGUAUGGAUAUUUCUGGUCAGGUGUGGGACUAUGACGCGGGAAAGUUCCAUGCAUCUCUCAGAUGGCAUCGACUCUCAGUUAUUGUCUGGAUUGCAGUUAUAUGUGCUGUUUUUGCAUCAUUAGGAGCUCUGCCUUGUAUCUAUAAAGCAAACUGCUAUUACACUAGAUCAGGAUGGGGAACCUGUAGCCUUCCUGAUGUACCUGGACUACAACUCCCAUCAUCCUGACCACUGAUGGGAGUUGUAGUCCAGCCCAUCAGAUGGGUCUGAUGGGAGUUGUAGUCCAACAAAAUUAGCUGGGACACAUGUUUCCUAUUUAUCCACUGUCUAGACAGCUCCUUGGCCUGACCCGUGAUUUCCCCCCCCACCUUUAAUUAAGGAAAAAUUCCUAUUGCUGAACCUACUGUUUCCCCCCCUCCUCAGGUAUUCCCGACGGCUGCAGAAAACCGUACGCCGCUUAGUGCCCGACUCAGACGUGCGCUUUUUGCUGUCAGAGAGCGGCAGCGGCAAGGGUGCUGCGAUGGUGACAGCGGUAGCAUACCGGCUGUCAGAGCAGCACCGCCUGAUAGACGAGACUCUGGCUGAAUUCAAGCUCACUCACGAGCAGCUGCUGCAGGUGAAGAAGAGGAUGCGGAUGGAAAUAGAAGCAGGCCUCAAGAAGAAAUCGCACGAUCACGCCAAAGUCAAAAUGCUGCCCACCUUCGUCCGCAGCACACCUGAUGGGACAGGUAGCUCUUUAGUCCUUGGGAAGGGACCUUUGGAAGAGGCAGCCUAGUUUCCUCAUUGCAGAGUGAGGCAGCUAAUAAUCUAAGGCUGGGAGCCCCCAGAUAGCGGGGGUGCAUUCUUUCCAUGCAUUUCUGGUUUGCUUGUUUUUAAAAUACUGAGGUGCUGCUUUCCCAGCAUCAGUUCAAAGUGACUUAAGAACACAGAGAGAAAAAUAGAGUUACAACCAUAUCAAGUUCACAGAAUUAAAGAGUGGAAUGCAAUAACUUAAAAGCAUAUGGACCAGUGAGAAAAGUUGCUCUAGGGGGACAUUUCAAAUGAAAAAAGGAACGUUUUACAACCCCAGCCCCAAAUGCAGCUAAGGAGACAUUCCUCCAUAACUGCCUCCCCACCCAUUGUUCUUGUAGAAUUUUGUGUUCAGGAAACUGAACACAAAAUGCAGUUUCAGGUUGCUAUCACUUUUCAUUGGGGAAAUGAAAUAAAAUAGAUUAUGUCCUCAGACUGAUGUCCCCCUCCCCACUUUGGAAAGCUGCAAACUGCUUUGUAGAACCAGUCGAUGUUGAAGAGCAGUUUGGAGAACCUGGUGGAAGCAUUUUCUGAGGAGGCAAAGUGGUGCAGAUGGCUGUUUAGAUCUUGACCUGUAUCUAAAAGUUGAACAGAUUUUGAAUUCAUUAGAUCUAAUAAAUAUGUGCCAUGCCAUAUUGAUCCUUAAUAUCAGUCCUACAGAUUUACUUAGUACGUUUACAGUACAGUUAUGCAUGUUUACUUGGAAGUAACACCUACUGUGCUCAAUUGGGCUUACUCCCCAGUAAGUGUAUUUAGGAUUUUAGCCUUAAUAUACCACUUUUCAGCUGAUGAGGUUAUCAUAUGCUCUAGUCAACUCGAUUCAUCAGGAACAGAAAAUCACAAUUGUGGUCCAACUAAAAUUUCCCAUGCCUUUCUUCUAUGAGGACGGCAAUAAAAACAUAUCCCUGCUCCAUGAUGCGUUCAGAUUCACAAUUCCUAGGGACCACUUUUUUGUUAGUUUGCCAACACCUGCCUGAUUUGAUUUUUGGUAUGUCAAAUGAGUCAAACCGCGCCGCUGGAGCACGUUUUCUGUUCUCAUCCUGAAGCAAAGUUCUUAACCCGAGGUACUAUUUCUGUGUUAGCGGAGUCUGUAACCUGAAGCGUAUGUAACCUGAGGUACUACUGUACAGGUUCUGGUCAGGUUCGGUAUUCCAGAAUCAAGUGGAGAUAAAAUCAGUUCAGCCUCAUUUCACCACAUAAAAAAAUGCCAUUGGCAACGGACAGGAGUCCUUGCUUUGUCAUUUACUCAUUAACUGAGUGGUCCUUUAGACUUCCAGGGGUUUUUUGAUGUGGCACUCAGUUGGUUCUUGUAUCUCUUCCUGAUGGCUCUGUAAAACGAAAGCUUGCGUUUCUUUGAAAGAGCACACCUUUUAAAUGAAGAUGGAGAAACAUCGCCAUCUGCUGGCUAAUGUUCCAUGUAUGUACUGUAUAGUAAUUCAUCCGUUCCCAGCGAGCCAACUUCUCUUGCUUUUUUGAAGAGAAUAAUUGCAUUGCAGUGUGUCCCCACCCUCCACCCUGUAGAGAAAUCCUACUUGUUCAACCAAGGGUUUCCCCCAACACUGUCAUCAUGUAAAUAAGUUUCCUAUGUAUAGGGCUUUCCUUUCCCACACUGCCAGCAUGUAAUGUUUUGUUAUUCCAAGUUGUCAGCGUGAGAGAGAGACUAGUGAAGAAUCCAAGCCUGCCCACUAGUACUGCCGCCACUCCUGUUGGUCCCCCCCCCCCAUCCUUAGCCAAGGGAAAUUCAAUUUUUUUCUGGGUGUCCUUGGGAUUCACAUAGACAAGAAUCAAACAGUUUAUUCACUGUCUUUUAAGCCUCCAACCUACAAAUCACUCAGCCAGGUACAAGAUGCCGAGCCGAACUUACUCUAAGAAGCCACCCAAGGUUAAAUGCACAAACGUUUGUAAAAAUAAACAUGAGAACCCAAUACCAUAGAAGGUGGUUAAUAAAAGGCUUAGAAUGUAAAGAUACCAUUGGGAAUUCAAGUACAGAUAAAAAAUAACAAAGCUAGCUUGUCUCAUUCUCUGUUAGGGUCGCAGACCCCACCAACAAGCUGAACCCAGGCAUAUGUGGUUGGUGUGAUUCACAAUCAACAUCCGAAUGGGGGCCAUUAGACCCAGGCCAAAGACCAGUUUUUAUCAGAAAGGCAGAAGGGUAGCUUUUUGCAUUAACCAAUCAGGGCCUAGGGGCAUCUUUGCCCAGCACCAGGGGUGUAUAUGCUGAAAGACCAUGUAGCGACUCAAGAGGAUUUUUGCAGUCAUUACGACCUUGAUGUGAUCUUGCAUCAGGCAAGAUGGACUAAUUAAACGGGACUUCUCCCCUCAGUAAGAUGGUUUUCAGAAUCCUGAGCAGCAAGCCAUUUAAAAAUGAGCCAAAAAAGGGGAAUACCCCUCUUUCAGUCCUCCUUUCUGCUCCUUCAGUUAACUGCAUAUGCUGUAAGUCAUGUAUUUUGAAGAAGUAUGCUCUCACCUGGCUGCUUCUGUUUUGUAGUAAAAACAUUCAUGUUUGUGUGUCCAGAUUAGGGUCCCAUCCUGUUUUUAGUUGCUUGAUUCUGAAAGUGUCCCUUUGGGGGUAAGUAGAAUAUGGGGUGGUUUUCAGCAGUAAACCAGCAUUGGGCAUUAAAUUGCAUUAGGCCGCUUUUUCACCAAAAUAAAAGUAGCCAGGUUAAGCGUGUUUGUUUAAAUGGAUGAAUAACUUGAGCUCAGUGUAAGGAUGCGUUCUCGUUACCACCUCAGAGUGCCGUGAAGCCCCACCCACAAGUUUCACGUUGCCUUCGGCAUGGCUUCAUUAGUGUCAGAUGGGUUUCUGUUUGUGUACACACCAGAGGGCAUUGCCGAGGCAGGGAUGUGAUUACACCAUGCAAAGGCGCACGUUAGUGUGUUGGCGUGUCACACGAACGCUCCGCCCACGCUCCUCCCGGGGCUGGAAAGGUUUAACUUUCUGUUUGUUAGUAAAACUGAACUACUGUGUUGCAAAAUGAUGCAAACCUUGAAUUACUGUGUUGCAAAAUGAUGCAUGUAUAAAAAGUGUGUCACCAACAUAAAAAGUUGGGAAAGCUCUGGCUUAGGGACUACUGUUGAUGUGAAGCUGGGGUGAGGAACAAUGCACCAGACGGAUAUGUAUAUAUGCACACAUUUGUACAGGAUGCAUAUGCAUUUUGGAUAAAGUUGUGUAAACUCUUGAUUAAAAACCCAGCACUGGAAACACAAUGAGUUCACAGUAGAUGAGAGAGCCUUUUCCUCCUGUAACAUAAAAGCACUGGGGACUAAAAGUUCGGAAAAUUUAGAUGUGUUGUUCCUCACUUCCUACUUGGUCAAAAUUAUUUCAUUGCAGAGAACGGAGAUUUCCUGGCCCUGGAUCUUGGAGGAACAAACUUCCGAGUUUUGCUUGUGAAGAUCCGAAGCGGUAAAAGGCGCAUGGUGGAGAUGCACAAUAAAAUCUAUGCCAUUCCUAUAGAGGUCAUGCAAGGUACUGGAGAGGAGGUGAGCAUGUAGUGCAGAGGAUGUUAUGUUGUUGCUAUCUUUCAGAGACUGCACAGUGCUUGUGAUACACACUACUUUAUUUUGCUUUUUCCAGCUGUUUGAUCACAUUGUUUCCUGCAUCUCGGAUUUCCUGGACUACAUGGGAAUAAAAGGUGCACGACUCCCCCUGGGCUUUACGUUUUCUUUCCCUUGCAAACAGACAAGCUUAGAUGCUGUAAGUUAUUGUUCUUAUUUCUGUAAUGAAACUUUUCCAUAUGUGUUUUUUAAGAGUGGAUUUUCAGCUGCAGUUUAGCGGUUGAGAAGAGGUAUGCAGGCAGACAAGCGUGAGUGUGAGCUUUGCACAUGCAAAGAAUAUUGACACAGUCAAUAUUCCUUAUACUGAGUUAAGAUCAUUGGUCUAUCUGGCUCAGGAUAAUCUACACAGAAUGGGAGCCACCUCUCCAGUCUUUCCAAGGCCUUAAUGAAGAUGUUGAGGAUUGAACCUGGGAGUUCUUGCCUGCAAGGCAUGGGCUGUUAUCACUGAGUUAAGCCCCACCGUACCUGCAGAUUCUAGACUUAACUGCAGUGUGCCUUUAAAAGUGAUGCCGAAACAAGAUAUUGCAGGGGCAUGGCUGGUUGCCAUCAGUCUUUGUUGUUAACCCAUGUUCCCAUGGUAACAGCUAAUGAAAGGAGAUGCAUGAUGUCAUCUCACUUGUAGUUUGGCUAUUCCCCCUGCUCUACUUCAUUGGCUGUCAUUUGUGCUCGGCUGGAAACUGAACACAAUGACAUCACACCGUGCAUCAUCUUUCAGAAGGUGUUACUCGGAUAAUGUUGACUAGUGGUAAAUACCACCCCACAGUUUGGAUCUCCAGGAACAACAGCUGCAUAUGUAUUCAUAUGAGGAGCUCUUGAUGCCAUCGUGGGUUCAUUAGCUGGUUGGGUCUGCUACUGCACCUGGAUGCCCAGGUGGUGAUUAUUUCUGGUUUGUUCUGAUACUGCAAUGAACUGAGUUUCUUGUUCCUUUUCUUAGGGCAUCCUUCUGAACUGGACCAAGGGCUUUAAGGCUACUGACUGCGAAGGGGAGGAUGUUGUUAAUUUGCUACGGGAAGGAAUAAAAAGAAGAGAAGUAAGUUUCCCCCCCUGUGAUUUCUUAAAAUUAGCAGAUGGUGUUGAUCUUCUUAAAAAUCAUGUAUUGUUUGUUUUAUGAGUCACUGUUGUGUGUUCUUACUCUUCCUCUGGAUUGCUUAAGAUCCCCUGUUCUGGGGGUUCUCCUAACCUUCCUGAGCAGAUAUGUGGAGGGUGUGGUAUUGGGAAAGGAAAGGGUGGUUUUCACGUUCUGCUGGCAGAACUCGUUGCUCUGGCUUCUGCCAGUGCAACAACUUAGUUGAAUCCAGCCCUCCGGACAUCGGAAUUAAAAUUAAAUUGCUAUUAUUUAAAACAGACCUGUGUUUUCCUGAUUAUUACAAUAUUUGCAAAUGACAGGCAUGGGCUUGUUUCCCUGAACUUGUAACCAUUGGUGAAUACUACUCCGCCGUGUUUCAAGAGAAGCAAUUGUAGUAUAUAAUUUUGUUACUUCUUCCAAGGAAUUUGACUUGGAUGUUGUGGCCGUGGUGAAUGAUACAGUUGGGACUAUGAUGACUUGUGCCUAUGAAGAUCCCAAUUGUGAAAUUGGACUCAUUGUGGGUAAGAAUGGGACUUGCUAUUUAGUUUGGUUCAUUGGGUGCCUCAUUAUACUAAGACCCAUUGCAGUAGGUCCUAUAACUACUGGAUGAUUUUGUGUGUCCUUUUUUUUGUCUAUUCUGGUAUUGAAUCUGAUUCUUUCACUGUUCCAGGAACUGGCAGCAAUGCAUGUUACAUGGAGGAAAUGAGAAACAUAGAGAUGGUAGAAGGAGAGCAAGGAAGAAUGUGUGUGAACAUGGAAUGGGGCGCGUUUGGAGACAACGGAUGCCUAGAUGACAUCAGGACAAUCUAUGACAAAGCUGUUGAUGACUACUCAUUAAACAGCGGCAAGCAAAGGUAUUUCCGGGUGAAAUGUUGUUGGAAAUGGGUGAAGGCUUGUGCUGCGGUGACUCAGCAGAGAUGGUUUUCGUCACAUGCACUACUGUGAUCACCUGAUUGGACUUCAAGACAAACGCACAGCCUUGGGCAUGCUUUCUUCUGGGAGCCUGGGUGCACAGAGGCAGCAAGGCUGGUGGGUGUCUGAAAACUCGCAACAUAAACAAGAGAGGAAAUUGUGUGUUUCUGCUGUGUCCAGAACCAGAAAUCAAUUCAGCAAACAUAGCUGCAUAUUAGUGCCUGCUGUUGCUUUCAGCCUGCAAACAAAAUGUAUUUGUAUCUCUGCCCCCUCAAAUAUGCAUUGUGUUCCCUUUGCAUUGAAAUGAAUGGGGUGGAAUAACGUAAUUAGGCUUUUACUGAUUAAGGAUUAAUCACCAGCAAAACUUUUCUCAGUUGACCUUAACACACACACACCCUUCUUUCUGAACCCCUCAUCUGUCUAUGAUUUGCAGGUAUGAGAAGAUGAUCAGUGGAAUGUACUUGGGGGAAAUUGUCCGGAACAUUUUGAUUGACUUCACGAAAAGAGGAUUCCUCUUCAGAGGUCAAAUUUCAGAGACACUGAAAACGAGGGGCAUUUUUGAAACAAAGUUCCUUUCACAGAUAGAGAGGUAAGUGAGCUUAGAUGUAUAUGUCAUUGUCAAGCUAUUACUAACAAUUACUUUUUCUCGGAAAUCUUAGCUAAUGAUAUCAGCAUUACAAUAAUGCUCUACAAUCUACUGUGAGUUUUUACACAAUCCAUAUUUGUGGUUCUCUUUCAUGGUUCUGCAUUUUUUGAGUGGCACACUUGGGCAAAUCUUUUUUUUAUUGAUUUUCAUUUGUUUUCCCCAAAUUGGUCACUAAUUAAAACAAAUUAAAUUAAAUUAAAACAAAUCAACAUUUUCCCAAAUCUGAACAAAUUUAACAUUUUUCCAAAUCUGACUUCCUGCAUGCCCUCCUGGAUGUGUGGAUGGUUCUCCUUGAUGCUGCAUCAUAUUCCCCAGUUAACUUCAAACAUUUCGAACAACCUUAUAUUACAAUAUACUUGCCACUUGAGUAGCAAAUGUUAGGGCCUGCCUCCUAACGUUGCUGUAAUACUGCAGCGGUGCUGCAAUACUGCAGUCUGACACCAGCUGCCGCUGUAGUGCUUUUUUUUGCAUCAGUAUAGAUGGAGACAGAAACGGCCCUAGAGCGGCAGACCACUGCGAAGAGCAGAGACAGAUCAACUGGGCAAAGAAUGGCUUCCAGAACAGCUGGAAGUGCAGCAGGGCAAUGCUCCCCUGUUCUCUGGGACCAAAACCUAUUACAGACCCUGAGAAAGUGAGGAUAGUUUGAAUGCAGUGAAAAGGGGCUGCUCAGAGUGUGAUGGGAGGCGUUUUUAGCCAUGUAGAUUUCAGUACCAGUGUUGUAUAUAGGUGUCUGGAGAUGACAUAGGUGGUCUUAAAUAGGGAAAGGGCAGGAGUGCACGCAGAAGUUUCCCUGGCUCCAUUUGAGACUUUCCUGCAUUCAGCAUCAAAGAGGGUUUUUCUGUGGGGAGGACCUUUGCACUUAAUGUGGACUGGUUUGAGGUUGAGCUGGCAUUCCAGCGGGGAGGGGGAUGUUGGGUACCUGCUCCUCCAUUUAUAGCCAAUGUAUAGCCUCCAUUUAUAGCCUGAAUGCCAGAAUAGACCUUCAAUUGUACACUCAGUGAUGCAUGUGGUACCCAGGCCAACGGGAGUCUUUGACUGCAUACACCUGUGGCCCUCCAGGUGUUGUUGGCCACAUUCCACUGGCCAUGUUUGCUGGGCUGAUGGGAGUUGGAGUCCAACAGCAUCUGGUGCCCUUAUCCCUGGUGUCCACCGAAGCAAAGAAUUUUGGAAAUGAGUUCAAGCCUCUGUUUUCUCUCUCUUCCCCCUUCUCCCCUUGGGUCUUCUCAACAGUGACAGGUUAGCGCUGCUUCAGGUCCGUACAAUCCUCCAGCAGCUUGGUCUGAACAGCACCUGUGAUGACAGUAUCAUCGUCAAGACGGUGUGCGGCGCAGUAUCAAGGAGGGCGGCUCAGCUGUGUGGAGCCGGGAUGGCUGCCGUUGUAGACAAAAUAAGGGAGAACAGAGGCUUGGACCACCUGGAUGUAACGGUGGGCGUCGAUGGUACGCUGUAUAAGCUUCACCCACAGUAAGUACUGGGAAAUUAUGUGCUUUUGCUGUCUGGGCUCCGGGAAACAAAGAUACCAAGUGUCUUAAAACUUUGUGAAAAGCAGUGCUUGGCUUGUGAGAGAUUGGGGAUGCUCUGAUGAAAUAGCCAAGGGAGCCUUUUCUCCUAGCCUGCAUGUUUUGUGGCUUACUGUGUGCUUGCUUAAUGAGUAGUCACUGUGUACUCCACCACUCUUUUGGGCUUGAGCUUAUGUUUCACUGCAGACUCCAUAGGCAUAGGUUAAGGAUAAGGGGUUUCUAAUUCUCAUUUCCAUGAAAAUGAAUGGACUCAGAUGCAUAUUUCAGGUGCAUGCCUUAUGGAAAUGACUGCGGAUGGGUGUGUGAAAACAGUGAGAAGGAAUUCCCUUUAUAUCACAGCUGCUCCUUGCUUCCUUCUGCAAUCUCCUGCCAGUUUCUUCUGUAAAGUCUGCAUGUUGAGUGUCUGGCUCCGUUCACUGACAUAAGGAAGGCUUCCGGUUUAACAUGGAGAAGCAUAAGAAGAGCCUGCUGGAUCAGGCCAGUGGCCUAUUUGGUCCAGCAUCCUGUUCUCAGUGUCCAACCAGAUGCCUGUGGGAAGCCUGAAGGCAGGACGUGAGCACAGAAGCUCUCUCCUUUCCUGCAAUUUCAUAGAAUCGUAGAGUUGGAAGGGACCCUGAGGAUCAUCUAGUCCAACCCCCUAUAAUGCAGGAAGAUGCACGGGGAUCGAACCUGCAACCUUGGCAUUAUCAGCACCACGUUCUAACCAACUGAGCUAUCCGUUUCCAGCAACUGGUAUUGAGAAGCGUUGCUGCUGAAAAGAGAAUGAAACCUGCUUGGUAAUCUUGAGACCUUAUCGUGAUUAUGGACUGGCAGAGAGAAGCCCUCCCUCACAUUUCCCUCCUUUUGUUUGUUUUUUUCCACAGUUUUUCAAGGGUCAUGCACCAAACGGUAAAGGACCUGGCCCCCAAGUGCGAUGUGACAUUCCUUCUCUCCGAAGAUGGCAGUGGCAAAGGGGCUGCCCUCAUCACUGCCGUGGGAUGUAGACUGCGUGAGGCUGAGCAUAACUGAACUCUGCACCACUGGCUCAUUCUGCCUUCCGAGCACUUCCUUGCGAAAAGCAGCCGUUCCGUAGUCUGAACUGGCAAGAGGGGAAGCCCAGAGUCCCACUGCUGCUUUAUGGAAGCGUUGGAGUUAAAAAAUAAAAAUAGGAUACUGAAUAGAGUUUGCUGCUGUUGCUGAUAAUAUCUCCCCCCCUUGAACCCCUUGUCUGCAUGUGUCUUUUUCUGCCCUAUUUGGUACAUUCCCCGUGUGUAAAUCAUUCAAAGGAGAAAAAAAGGAGGAUCUAUAAUUUAAACAAAUGUCAAAAAUAGGUUUAUUAUUCGAGGUCUAAAAUUACAGCCAAAUAAUGUCCAAGGAUAAGAGCAGGUGGUUCUGUGUGUCAAGUGUAUUAUUUCCAGCUGCUACUACAUCCGUGUUAAAUACAUAUACCAACAACAGUGCUGAGUAGGAGACAAAUGCUUAUGCUAAGAGGGCUUAGCAGUUCUUUUCUGAAUUUCUAGCCAAAUGUUUGAUUCCCCGCACCCUUUUCCUUUCAGACAACUUUGAAGUUUUCACAUCUGCUGAGCUGCACUCCGUGCUCCUGUAGCAAGGUCUCCUUUAGCGGUCAGAAUUGUCUUCUGCUCACUGUAUUCAGUCACUAGGAAAGAAAUAAGGGGCUCUCCCGACAUGUCUUAAUAUCACUGGCUUUUCCCGCUGCUUUGGUGAAUGAUGUCAUGUUUCCAAGUAAGAUUUGUGCUGUUCCAAAAGGCAAGUCUGUGCUAGUCAAAACAAAACAAAACAAAACCAAGAGAAGGAUUGACCCCAGAGAUAAUCCAAACCUCUGACCGUAGAGAUAUCCAUAGCUUUCCAUGUGCCCUUCCCUUGGUUUGGCUAGAUUCUGGUGAGUUGAGGAUGUUAAUUUUUAAAAGGGGAAUCCUGGUCUCCCUUCCUGCUCUGAGAGCCACUUCCAGUGUAAUGAGCCGAGUUCACGGACUGCCUUUGUGUAGCAAUUGUACGAGUGCUUGCAAUGUGGGAGUGACAUGGCUGCAGGUUAUCUAGGGGAGUUCUGGCAAGUCCACGGCAUGUAUUUGCUUCUGAAAACGUUCUGCCACACUGCAAGGCCAAUACCAUUCCCAACACCUUUGUCCACCUGCCAAAGCUGGAGUUAACCUGGCUUUCUGGCCUGCCCAGGCCUUUGGCUGUGAGCCUUUGGCUGCUGUGACUGGGAAGCUGCCCUUUUAAUUUUCCCACAAUGCUCUUGUGCACCCAAUGUAACAUUGCCCCGGAAAGUGGCGGACAAAUUAAAAGAGCAGGCAGCUUCCCAGACACAGCUGCUGCCUCCUGGUAUGUCCAUAUGUAUGGGAUGGAAUGGAUGACCUGAGUGAGCAAAGUGGUGUUUGGGUGCUUUGCUAGGGAGCCCUCUAAUCUGCAUUAACGGCUAGUUUCCACAUUUUAAAGCUCACACAAGUGCUUUAAAAAUUUACACUCUGAGUCUAGCUAAAUAAUAGGGGAAGGGGUGGAAUGAAAUGCAUCCUAAUCGCCAUUAACAGUGGGUCCUAUGGAGGCCAAAACCACACUGAUUUUUAAUGGAGCUGAAUAAUGCCCCUGAUGUUUGGAAGUAUAUACCUUUCCAUGUGGAUUUAAAAGUGACAUUAACUUCAGAACCAGGCUUUUAAACAGUGUUGUUUUUCUAGAAAAAGGUGCUGGACUCACCAUGAACGCCUCCCUUGUUCUCUUGGAAUGGCAAUGGCGGCCACCUGAGAGAUUCUGGAGCUAAGUUCCUGCUGGAAAAAAACCCUGCUUUUAGAUACAUAGAUAGCAGCAGCAUCUAACGAUUAGAUGAGUAAAGUUUCAAGGAACUGUCCUUGUGUCAGUCCACAUUGGGUGUGGGGCAAGGAACUCCAGGGUGCUUGUGAAAGCAUUGUGGGCAAGUAACACCAAACUAGCCUGCUCCAAAGGUGCCUAAAGCAAGGAAAUUUCCAGCAUUGGGACUAGAUUCAGCUAGACUUGCAAGUCAAGCCAGCCUGCCACUCAGCAAAUAGAAAGGGCUGGCAAACAGUGAUGUGGGAUGCAUCCUGCCCCCCCACUCCCCGGUUAUUUACCUUUCCAUGGAUCCCCCUGGUUUGUUAAGAUUCGUAGUAACAGAUUCAAAUCUUUUAGUUUUAAAAAAAAAAUGCAAGUAAAAUAAGCAUGCCAGAUUAUAGCCUUGCGUGAAACUUUCUGGUGCACAUUAAUUUAUGCAAACUUGCCUAAUUUGCACAGAAAAAAAUUGCCAUCGCACGCAGACAACCCACAUCACCUUUCCCUUCCUAUUUGGAAUUGCACAAAUAAAAAAUUAGCUAGCUUGUCUUUUAAGUUUGGUUAGCCUGCAGUUAGUUUUCUGAACAGCUGCCGCAGAAGCGACCCACUACCAUUCUAGAUCUUUCUGUUCUCUGAAAUAUGAAUUGUUGUUUGUUCCAACUAAAUACCACCAUUGGCUAGAAGAAAAGAGAUUUGCAGACUUACCGUAUUUUUUGCUUUAUAAGACUCACCUUUUCCCUCCUAAAAAGUAAGGGGAAAUGUGUGUGCGUCUUAUGGAGCAAAUGCAGGCUGCGCAGCUAUCCCAGAAGCGAGAACAGCAAGAGGGAUUGCUGCUUUCACUGCGUAGCGAUCCCACUUGCUGUUCUGGCUUCUGAGAUUCAGAAUAUUUUUUUUCUUGUUUUCCUCCUCCAAAAACUAGGUGCGUCUUGUGGUCUGGUGCGUCUUAUAGAGUGAAAAAUACGGUAUUUUUCUUCUCUGCUCCUCAAGAUUUGGAUUCCCCAUGCUAAUAAGCAUUUCAAUAUGCAUUUUGGUGCACUGUGAUUGAAUGUUGUGUGGUAACACGAGUCACAAGCAGUAAGCUCAGCUUUAAGUGUGUGCGUGUGUGUGUGUGUGUGUGUGCGUGUGUGUGUGUGUGUCUUCCUGAAGAUCUGCAUGAUUCCCUGGAUUUGCAAUGCUAGAAAGUCUUUUUACAUUGCACCACUAGUAGCAGCAGUACUUACUAGUGCAAAGUGAAUAUUUGUGACAAUAUUAAACUUUUUUUGACGUGUGUUGGUGUUUGGUGAUUCUUUCUGGCAAAGGAAUGAUUGGUGCUUUGGAGAAGGGUGGGGAAGAUCCCUGUGUGUUUUAAAAGCAAUGGAAACAAACUGGGAAUAUUUAAAAUAAAAACUUGAUUCAAUUAUAGAUUCCAGAUAUUUUCUGAGAAAUGUUUUCCUCUAGCAAAUGUAUCUUUACACAACAGUGUUAAAAUGUCCCACCAGAUUUCAGCCUUGGGUUGAACACACUUGCACACCUCUUUGGCACAAGAACUGCUACAUGUUGUGUCCUUGAGUUGAAUCAGCACUGACUGAUGGUUAAUAUUCUAGGACCAGGCUUUACUUCCACCCCACCUCCUUGCAGGUUCACCAGUUUUAGCAUAAGGUAUAAUCUGAUGGUGUUUGUGUAGCUUGUCCCUUCAAUAUUGAAGAGGAAGAGCACAUGUGUUGCGUGGAAGAGUUCUAGGUUUCAAAGACUCCACUCAAAUCCUGGA